AUGACCAUGGGCACUCAGGCGGAGCUCAUUACGCUGAUCGUGCAAAAGCUUUAUAAGAAUCCAUCCAUAAUGCCAGCUUUCACUGAUCUUUAUCACGACUCAUACAAGCCCGUUGCUGUGUCAGAAGUAGACGACACCCCUAUUGUGGAUACGUUCCUUGUUGAGCGUAUUGUGGCAUUGAAUGGCUUUGGCUGUCCUCUCUUGUCUCGCGAGUCUCAUAAACGUGCCAUGACAGGCGAGGCGCAACUGGACAAUGACGAGCAGCAAUUCUAUUCCUGUGGCGUUUGGCCCCUGGCAUCCUACAUCAAUUAUUCAUGCUGCAGCAACGCUCGGCGUUUAUUUAUUGGCGAUAUGAUGGUUGUUCGUGCCACACAAGAUCUCGCUGCGGACACAGAAAUCACGUUCUGGUAUCAAUCACCCCUGAACAACGAUUUCAAAGAGAAACAGAUGGAUCUGCGGCACUGGGGCUUCAGGUGUACCUGCAUAAUAUGCCAAGAUGCCCAAAAUACUGAGAACAGCAUUUUGACAACGAGAAAGAAACUCACGGCCGGUUUAGUGAAAGAUUUCCAAUGCCGCAAGAAGCCAAGCACAACUAAAAUUGAGGCCAUACUCUACAAGCUUGAGGAAACAUAUCGACAGCCAGCCUCUGAGGUUCCUCGUCUCAGCCUUUGGAAACCGUAUUUGAAUCUUGCAAUGCUCUACGCAACGCAUGAGCAGCCACAGAAGACUAUAGAGUUCGCACUGAAAACUCUGGAAUCGCUGGGCUACGUUGUUGAAGGCGGGCAUCUUCCCCAUACCUCGGGUACACCACUGCUGGUCAAGCAAUGGGGAUUUAUGACGGAUGGUCUUGUCGGGUGUUGGAUGAGUCUUUCCCGCGCUUAUCGACAGGUAGCCCCUGACCUAGUACUGAAAGCGGAAGGGUAUGCUAGGAUUACAUAUAGGAUCUGUGUCGGCGAAGACGAAACAUUUGACGAGACCUACACGCAGCUAUCGGAGCGAUCAGAUGGUUUUCUUGCCUAG